AGCCACCAGCGGGAGGGGACAGCAGGACAGAGCCCGGGCUCCAGCGAGACCCAGCACAGCCUAGCUCAGGGACCACGCACACCUCCUGCUGUCCCACCCUCCCCCAGCUCUGCACUCAGACAGGUACCAAACCACCUUCCCUGGAUUUUGAUGCUGAAUCAGAAUUGUUUUCACUAAAGAUGGAAACACUGGAGUCAGAACUGACCUGCCCAAUCUGCCUGGAGUUGUUUGAGGACCCCCUCCUGCUGCCCUGCGCCCACAGCCUCUGCUUCAGCUGCGCCCACCGCAUCCUGGUGUCCAGCUGCUCCUCCAGCGAGUCCAUCGAGCCCAUCACCGCCUUCCAGUGCCCCACCUGCCGCUAUGUCAUCUCCCUCAACCACCGGGGCCUGGAGGGCCUCAAGAGGAAUGUGACCCUGCAGAACAUCAUCGACCGCUUCCAGAAGGCGUCCCUGAGCGGCCCCAACUCCCCCAGCGAGAGCCGCCGCGAGAGGACCUUCCGCCACAGCCCGACCAUGUCGGGGGCCGGCGAGAGGAUCGCCUGCCAGUUCUGCGAGCAGGACCCGCCGCGGGACGCCGUCAAGACCUGCAUCACCUGCGAGGUGUCCUACUGCGACCGCUGCCUGCGGGCCACCCACCCCAACAAGAAGCCCUUCACCAGCCACCGGCUGGUGGAGCCCGUGCCCGACGCCCACUUCCGCGGCCUGACGUGCCUGGAGCACGAGAACGAGAAGGUGAACAUGUACUGUGUUGCUGACGACCAGCUCAUCUGUGCCUUAUGUAAGCUGGUGGGCCGCCACCGCGACCACCAAGUGGCGUCCCUCAGCGACCGCUUCGAGAAGCUGAAGCAAACCCUGGAGACAAAUCUCACCAACCUGGUUAAACGCAACAGUGAACUGGAGAACCAGAUGGCCAAGCUGAUACAGAUCUGCCAGCAAGUGGAGGUGAACACAGCCAUGCACGAGGCCAAGCUGAUGGAGGAGUGCGAUGAGCUGAUGGAGAUCAUCCGCCAGCGCAAGCAGGUCAUCGCCGUCAAGAUCAAGGAGACAAAGGUGAUGAAGCUGCGGAAGCUGGCCCAGCAGGUGGCUAACUGCCGGCAGUGUCUGGAGCGCUCCACGGUGCUCAUCAACCAGGCCGAGCACAUCCUGAAGGAGAACGACCAUGCACGCUUCCUGCAGACAGCCAGGAACGUGGCAGAGAGGGUCGCCAUGGCAACUGCAUCCUCCCAGGUUCUGAUCCCAGAUAUCAAUUUUAACGAUGCCUUCGAGAACUUCGCUUUGGAUUUCUCCAGAGAGAAGAAGCUGCUGGAGGGUCUGGAUUAUCUAACUGCGCCCAACCCGCCGUCGGUGCGCGAGGAGCUGUGCACAGCCUCCCACGACACCAUCACCGUCCACUGGCUGUCGGAGGACGAGUUCAGCGUCAGCUCCUACGAGCUGCAGUACACCAUCUUCACUGGCCAGGCCAACUUCAUCAGUCUGUACAACUCCAUGGACAGCUGGAUGAUCGUCCCCAACAUCAAGCAGAACCACUACACGGUGCAUGGGCUGCAGAGUGGCACCCGCUACAUCUUCCUGGUGAAGGCCAUCAACCAGGCGGGCAGCAGGAACAGCGAGCCCGCCCGCCUCAAGACCAACAGUCAGCCCUUUAAGCUGGACCCCAAGAUGGCUCACAAGAAGUUGAAGAUCUCCAACGAUGGGCUGCAGAUGGAGAAGGACGAGAGCUCCCUGAAGAAGAGCCACACGCCCGAGCGCUUCAGUGGCACAGGCUGCUACGGCGCUGCAGGCAACGUCUUCAUCGACAGCGGCUGCCACUACUGGGAGGUGGUGGUGGGAUCCUCCACCUGGUACGCCAUCGGCGUGGCUUACAAGUCGGCCCCCAAGAACGAGUGGAUCGGGAAGAACUCCUCGUCCUGGGUCUUCUCCCGCUGCAACAACAACUUCGUGGUGAGGCACAACAACAAGGAGAUGCUGGUGGAGGUGCACCCGCAGAUGAAGCGCCUGGGCGUCCUCCUGGAUUACGACAACAACGCCCUCUCCUUCUACGACCCGGCCAACUCCCUGCACCUCCACACCUUCGAGGUCUCCUUCAUCCUGCCCGUGUGCCCCACCUUCACCAUCUGGAACAAGUCCUUGAUGAUCCUCUCGGGGCUGCCCGCCCCGGACUUCAUCGACUACCCGGAGCAGCAGGAGUGUAACUGCCGGCCCCAGGAGUCCCCGUACGUGUCAGGGAUGAAAGCCUGUCACUAGGCUGCCCUCGCCCUGCCCGUGCCCCGCGCUGGCGC